GCCCGCUCCCUGACGCCGGUCUCGGCGGCGCAGAUUUGGCAGCUCUCGGCUGUUUACCCACCCCAAUUGGUUGGUGAUAAAACGCCGUGGAUGACGAUGCAGCCUACACAAGUUGGGUUUUCUCGCGGCUGGGCGCCAACGGCCGAGGCCUUACUUGGUUGGAAGGGGUCCUUGAGAAGUGCCGUGAAAAAGGAGCUGAGGGUUGGAGCCAAGGAGAGCAUGGGCAGACUUUUCGGAUUGACCCGACUUUUGGGAAUCCCAGUUGAAGCUUGUCAGGCUACCUGAGGCCUCGGAAUUGAGCCUCAGGAAUGGAUUGAGGAGUUUGAAAAGGCUUAAUAUUAAGAAGAGGCCAGAGUCAUCGUAGA